UUUGUAAAAUGAGUACCAAUCGGCUGUCAGAGAAUGGAAAGUGGACGGUGCUCCUGGUGGAAGCUGGGCCGGAUGAACCGGAAAUCUUUGAUGUGCCUGCAGCGUAUGCGCUUUUGCAAUUGUCACCUCGGAACAACGAUACGACGAGAGCAUAUGGCGUCCAAUUUCGAAUAGACGGGAUCAGCUAUAAGGCCGUAGCAAAACGCGAGGUCAUUUUAUCCGCUGGCGUUUUACAGUCGCCGCAAUUGCUCAUGCUAUCCGGUGUCGGUCCGAAAGAUCAUUUAGACGCUGUGAAGACUGUGCACCAUGCACCGGGCGUGGGUGAAAAUCUGCAGGACCACGUGGCAAUGGGUGGUAUGACUUACUUUGUGGACCCGCUAGCAAAUUAUACAGGGAAGGACCCAUUCACAUUAAAUUUGUUCGAGUCCGCCACCGUGAAAGACGUCGAGGAAUUCGCCGUGGAGCGCAGGGGAAAAUUAUAUGCGUUGCCAAUCGCUGAGGCUAUGGCAUUUAUAAAUACUAAGUAUCUUAUUAUAGUGACAAACAAGUACUUAUGUUGGAGAAUUUUUACGUUCAGUGAUGGAGAUUGGGAAAUUGGCUUUCCGCUUUUGCUAAGACCUCGUAACAGGGGGUACGUGAAAUUGCGCUCAAGCAACGUGUACCAGCAUCCGAUCAUCGUUCCGAAUUAUUUCCAGGAUCCACAUGACCUUUUGGUAAGUAGCCACUUAAACCCUUUGCGCACCAAAGUAUUUUCUUCCUUUUAUUUCUGAGUUUGCUAUAACGUAAUCCAAGCAUACUCACGCGUGUAACUUCCCACUCUAAAGUAGAAGUACUAUAAUUGUUCUACGUACCACGUAAUUGCGUAAUUUGUUUAUGAAAAUAAUGCGAAUCAUGAAAAUAAAAUAUUAAU